AUGCAUUUUCCCUUUGUUCCGGAAGGGCCUGGACUUUCGGCCGUUAUACUAUGGGAGUACAACAUCUGCAUUCUGUACAUUGAUGAGCCAAGUGGAGCCCGCCAAGGCGGUAUCUAUGUCAAUGUACAUCACUUUCUUGGCUUGUGGCACGUACCGACCGGCCCAAUCGACAAGGCCUCCGCUGAGAACAGCGCCAACCACCUCCUCAUCCCUUAUUCUCAAGAGCCACUGCCGGAUGGCUUCACGCCUGUGGAACGUUUCUGGCUAGGCUCGCCUAUCAGCGUGCGAUACUGGGGCACAAUGCUGUAG